AUUUGUUGAUCCUUGUCAAGCUGCCUAUUGAACGCAUCAAUAAAACUUUAGCUAUGGUGACUUUUGGAGAACGGUUGCUUUCAUCGGAAGAUGAGCCAUACUUGAAGGACCCAAUUAAUCAAAUGAAGUCACAAUGGACAGUGCUAUUGCUCACUUGGAUAAGUUGGAUUUUUGCUUUGGUUACCGUGACACGUUGUACGUUCAUCAAGAUUGUAUCGGACGAUGAGAGCUCUUCAGACAUAAAAAGUCUCGGACUUUUUUCUGUGCCAAUCUACACUGCUGAUAAAGACAUCCGUGGAUGUGUCUCAUAUGAAAGUAAUGACGGUCGAACCGGUGGUUUUAAAGCUGGACGCGCUUUCUCAAUUUUCCUCGUGGUGACCAUUUCAAUCGCUUUUGUCAUUGUGAACGGGAUGAUGCUGUUCAUUCAAACACACAUGACUCGGCGACUGAUGUAUUUGCUUGUUCGUGUAUGUGUCCCUGUGGCCUUCAUCGCAAAUACUCUAACAUUUGUGACGUUCUCGAUGGAAGAAUGCAGUGAAAAGGGAACAAAGUGUUCUCCCGGAGGAGCUGCCAUUGUGGCAAUUUUGAAUGUUCUUGUUUUGUUCAUCUUGGCUGUUCUUGUAAUUGUCACGCCAGCGCCCAGUCAAUGCGCUUUUCAGUUUGUGUACGAUUUUACCAAGGUCGCCCCGAGGGAUCAUAGCGGGCAAUCUUCAUCCUCGGAGCAGAAACACGCGCAGGGAGAUAUAUAUCGUUCACCUCCCAAAAAGAAGAACAAAAAGAAUAUCUUCCGAAAGCGCCGAGAAGAGAACCCGGAGAAUCAAGAUGACUUGGAACAAAUCUAA